UGCGAGAGCCCAUUAUCCACCGGAUGAGAUCGAUAAACUCCCCAAUGGGUCGGUCCCUGAACUCGGGCGCCAGACACCGAUGGGAGCCAUCAUCCAACCCCAUCACAAAGUACGCAUUAAGUGAGCAAUCAUCCAAGCUCACGUGAUGGCUCAGUUCCAGGAAGUCCUCCACGUAUCUCUCCAGAGGACCAUCCUGGCUGAGGUGGUACCUCAUAUUGUCCUCUAGAGAGUCGCAAGUAAUCCAUAUAUCAGUCUGGUAUUCUGUAACAUUCACUGAUGACAGACGAAUCCACGAGGAACAGGAGGUGAGUGAAAAAGGUUUAAUAAACAAAAGGUGAUAACAGGAACCAAACUGGGUAAUCAAAAACAUCCACAGGAACAAAGAGGGUAAUCCAAAUGACAUCCACGGAACAAACAGGGUACCACACCGAGCAAAAUCUUCCACAGAACACGGUAACAUAUUACAAUAAUACCAGACAAAUAACUGAACCAAGAGGAGAACUUAAAUAGAACAGAUAACAAGGUGAAAACAGGUGAUGGGAAUGAACUAAUGAGGAACAGGUGAAAACAGUCAAUGAUGAGGGAGCGUGGGAAAAGUAACGUCCUUGGGCAUAAACGGGGGAAACAAGACUAGGGACCAAUGGGAGUGUCACAUUUAUAAAGAAGUCAACCAAUUACAUUCAGACUUAAGUUAAAUAUGAAUUAGUACACAAAUCCCAUCAAUUCAAGUCACUGAUUAACCCCCUAAAAAAGUAUGACUGUUCCCCAAAGGAUUUUUCUGACAAUCAAUUUGGUAACAUCCAAUUAAACACUGAAAGCAUACUUGGCAGAUUCAGGACCUCAUUGUUGAAAAAUAUAAAUUGGGAGAGGGUUACAAAAAAUAAUCCAGGGCAUUGAAUAUACCAUGGAACAAUGUAAAGACAGUAAUCAACAAAGUGAGAAAUAUAGGCCACAACAGUGACAUUGGUAAGACCAGGACAUCCCACUAAAAUUGACGUGCAGAAUAGGAAAAAACUGGUAAUGACGACUGCCAAGAGGCCUGCAGCAAAAUUAAAAGAAUUGCAACCAUUUCUGGCAAGUACUGGUUGCUCCUUACAUGUGACAACAAUCUCCCCAAUUCUUCAUAUGACUGGGCUAUGGGGGAUGGCAACUUUUUAUAACUAAAAUAAACAUCCAAGCCUGGCUAAAAUGAGCAAAAAAUACAUUUAAUCUCCCAUAACCAUGUGGAAUGAUGUUAUGAUGCCAAAUCAAACUUUUUGGCCAUUACACCAAAAGAUAUGUUUGGUGCAAAAAAACACAGCACAUCACCAAAAUUACACCAUCCCAACAGCAAAGCACGGAGAUGGCAGCAUCAUGCUUCGGGGCUGCUUUUCUUCAGCUGGAACUGAGGCUUUUAUCAGGGUGGAUGGAAUAAUAAAUAGCUCCAAAUACCAGUCAAUUUUGGCCCAAACCCUUAAGGCUUCUGUCAAAACACUUAAAGUGAUACUUCACCCAAAAAUGAAAAUUCUGUCAUCAUUGACUCACCUUCGAGUUGUUCCAAAUCUGUAUACAUUUCUUUGUUCUGAUGAACACAGAGAAAAAUAUUUGGAAGAAAUUGACUCCCAUAGUAGGAAAAAAUACAAUGGUAGUCAAAAGUGCCCCAGAACUAUUUGCUGUCCUACAUUCUUCUAAAUGUCUUCUUUUGUGUACAAAAAAAAUGAUAAAGUAUUUUUUCCUACUAUGGAAGUCCAUUUUUAUUUUUGGGUGAAGUAUCACUUUAAGAUUAAGAAGAAUUUCACCUUUCAGCAUGACAAUAACCUGAAUGAAUGACCUCCAAAUCAACAAAGGAAUGGUUUCACCAUAACAAGAUCUAAGGAAUGGUUUCACCAAAACAAGAUCAAAGAUUUUGAAUGGCCCAGCCAGAAUCCAGAUCUAAAUCCCAGUCUGCUCUGACAGUGAUGGCUGCUGCCCUGCUGUGUGUCUGGGCUGUGCACUGUUCGUCUGCACCAGAGGCUGUUUCUGAAGCCACUGAGUUCCCUGCUUCAUCAAAGAUGGCCGCUUCUGAGGCUGCAUCCAAAUACCCCCACUUGCGGUCUUUGCACUUGACCACUUGACUACUCUCAUGACGUAUUUCCUGUUUUAGGCCCUAGUGUUCUAGUGUGUGUGAAGAUCCCAAGUGAGCAUGUAGUAUUUCUAACCCGAUGGGACACACUUAGCAAGUGCAAACAUAUAACGUUAAUUAAUGUGGUGUUUCUAAUUAUGUGAUAAAAAGCAGUUUUACAAAACACAACUCACCAAUAAAAUGUGUAACACUACGUUUUACUACGAAAUUAUAUGUAAUAUCUAAUUAUAUAGUCAAGUCAGAUUUAUUUUUAUAGUGCUUUAUUUGUAUUGUAUCAAAGCAGCUGUACCCAAAAAAGCAAAAACAAAAGAAAAUCACAUGUUAGUCAAACAUAGAAUAAAUAAAUAUAACUUUUUAUUCUUAUUGUUAUUCACUUAAAUAUAGUGAAAUAUUUAUUUACUAUAAAUAAAAAAGAUCGAAUCAUCCUCAAGGGCUGUGUGGCUUUAAGGGGGUUUUAUAGGUUGUGGUUAAAAUAAAAUAAAAAUGAUUUUUAAAAAGAAAUACUUGCAAAUAGUUAAAUGCAUUGAACAAUAAAUUCCACAACCUUUGUAUGGUCUGUGCUCAAAAUUGAAAGGGACAGUUCACCUAAAAUUGGAAGUAAUGAAAUUAUCAAAUGUUUUAAAAAUCACAAUACACUUGUAAUGCAAGGUUUAUGUGUUUUUGUUUUUAUGACAUUCCUACAUCCCAAACACAUCUACAACUAAUAGAAUUGGGUGUGUUAGGUUUAAAGUGUGAUAAUAUCAAGCAAAUAAUCAAACAUUGAUAAUAGUCAAUUGUAUUGGGGGCACAGGGGGACCCCCGAAUAAAAUUCUGCUCAGGGCCCCGUAAAGGCUCGAGCCGGCCCUGACUUUGGGAGUAACAAAACUUAAAGGUUAGCAAAAAGAAAAAACAGUUUGAAAAAGGAAAUAUCAGUGUAUAUAAAAUAUAAAGCGUCGCAAUUUUCAGUGCUUGGACUUUUGCUGACAGCUUGGUUUUAUCCAGUUCCAUUAGGAUUUUCUCAAAUGCUUCAAGCGUGUACUUGAGGUCUUUAUGAUUGUUAAGAUUAAGGGCAUAAAUGAGUCCAAAAAGCAUCCCACAUCCAAGGGUAACACUCACACACAUUCAAGUGCCAUACCAACAUCUGUAGGUUCGUCUUCAGGAUCAACACCUUCUGACCAAAUGACGUAGAUUGUUAUUGUUGUUGUCUGUACUGUACAAUCCCAGAUUUAGCCUCUUUACUUUCAUAGUCCUGGAGGAUAAACAGGGAAGAAUAAAUUUUGUCCCAAUGCCAAUCACAGUGUUAUAAAGCAUGUUGUUUUGCAAACAAACAUGACAAUUUAUAUAUCGUCGCUGUCGGGCGGAAUCCUCGCAUCUCCAAAACCAUUAUUUUUCAGGAAAUUAAAAAAAACUACAUAUUUUUUGAGUUAUUAAACAUUGUAUCGUUAAAGUUGGUAUCAUACCUUAUAUUGCUAUCAUAUACUGUUGUGUACCAACAUUAACACAACAUUUCCCCAAAACCAUGUUUAAUCGGAGAUACAAGGUUUAUGACUUGGGAGCAGGGAGAUACGAGAUUACGCUGCCAUUGAUAAGAAUGGUACGGACACAGACGUCGCUGCUGCCAGCAGUGUUCAUCAAAGUCUGCGGUCACGUUGAGCCUUUUGACAAGAGACGAGGCUUUAAAAGCUAAUGAAAGCUAAUGAUUGUGGUUACAUACAUCUUCCUAAACUCUAUUUUAAACGUUAGAGCUAUGAGUGAUGCAAUACCAAAAUAAAACGUUAAACAGGCUGUCUAAUAUAGGCGGAAAUUAAUCUGCACGCAAAUAAAGUCGGUGGUGGUGUUGAGCCUCUUGACAAGAGAAAAGGCUUCAAUCGUUAACCAAAGCUAACGACUGUGGUUACAUACAUCUUCCUAAACUCUAUUUUAAAAGUUUAAGAACUAUAAGUGAUGUAAUACAAAAAAACGAUGAGCUUACUAGGCUGUCUAAUAGGAGGAAAUUAGCCGAAUCUGCUCGCAAACAUACCUUCGUGGCUCACGGGCUUCCUUCUGCACCGAAGAAUUACAGCUAUCGAUUUUUAACAAAACAGGCCUACUCAAAUGUAUCUAACCGAACUAUUUUCACUCGUUAUUGUCUAAAAAACGUUCAAUCAGGAGACGUAAUGCCGAGAGGCUCCCGCGGAGUGAAGAAGAGGUGGAGUUAAGAGACUUCGUUCUCAGACAGUUGAAGUGUCCAAUGGAGUUAAGAGAUUUGAUCUCAAGCUAUUUUCAACACUUUAGAUUGGUUAAUAAUUUGUAAAAAUAACAGACCCACAUGGGGACUAACCAAUAGCAUCGAUUUGUGAAAAAAUAUGAAAUUGACCAAAUUUGGACAUACAGUAGGAGGUUUCCGCCCGACAGCGACGAUAUGUAGAUUCAUUAAAAUGUAUAUUUGUAAAAUGAUGGAACAUUUUUAGAAAAUUCACAAAACCUCAGAAAGCCUUCACAAACCAUCCAUUUUGCAUAAUCACUCAUCACUUUAGAAAAAUGCAGAUAGCCCGCAUGCUUAGUUGCACAGGUUUCAUAAAAUGUCCUCAACUCACCAUAAAUACCCUUCAAGGCUACUUUUGUAAACCUGCAAGCCAGCAAACCAACCUAAAUGCAUUGCGAUUCUUCCCAGUGCAAUUUUGGGUUUCUAGAAAACAAAACAUGAAAUUAUUCCGAAAUUUACUAUUUACGUUUAAAGGGCUAAAAAAGACACAUAAAUAAAAUUUAACUUGCCUGGCAGAUUAUCUCCUGAAAAUGUCCCCGCAUCGCCCCCAGACCUUGUCAGAGAAGCGUUUAGUGACUGACUCCCUAGAGACAAAGCAAGUCGGUCGCAAAUGCAACAACUGCAGGGGCAUGUUCUCGCAGUGAGUGCACAAACUGUCCAUGAACGAUUUCUGAGAGCGCUUGAAACCCAAGCACUCCAGGCAUCAAUCGUGGCUGUCGGUGGGAGAAAUAAACCAGCCGCACCCAGAAUUACAGGGGCGAAACAAAAUAUUAACAGCCGUGCGGUGCUUUGUAAGAGGCUAGAUAAGAAAUAUUGUCAUGAACGUGGGUGGUGAGGACAAGGACAGAGGACCCAAGUGCAGACAGCGGGUAAGGGGUUAACAAGACAGACUUUAAUUAUAACUAAAAAAAUACAAAACAAAGACCCACGUGGGGGAACAUAACAAAACAUAGCAACAAGGACAGGGACUAACUAGACUAGAAAUAAUAACAACACUUGACAUAACCACAAUAAACUAAACUAACUACAGAACAGUAACUCACCCACAUGACACAAACAGAACACAACAGAACAAUGAACCAGCACGAGACAGAAGACACAAGGGCAUAAUAAAGGGGAUAAAUCAAGAGGGGACAGGUGCAGGACAUGAACUAUUAACAAACAAUAACGAGACGAAAGGGCGGGAACAGAGACGCCACACCGGAGAGUGGAAGACCAACAGGGACAAAACGUCACUCUCCACAUAAAACAAGAGGUUCUAUCAUGGUUCUGCCACUAGGUCAAGAGAAGCAAGACAAGGUGGGGCAGAACCAUGACAAAUAUGCUCUCUUAGCUCUUGUGGUUAUUUCUGCCGAAGCGCCCAGGGGAUAGGGUGACCACCACCUAACAAACCAAAUGUGGGACAGGAUAUGUAAUUAUUUUGUUAAGACAUAUCCAAAAACCACUUGCACAGUGUGAUAUAUUUCAUGCAGUUGUAUAUUUACAUUAUCCCAAAUGUUCCCAAGAAUGUGCAAAUCCAGAGAAACUCCUAUUUUAAAUAAUGGCUCGUCCCUUGUCUCUCUUGUAAUUGUCGCAAAUCAGUGACUUAAUAUCCGUAUCAUCAGUUUCCGGUUGUAGAAACUACGGCAACACACAAAUGCGGAAAUGGCAGUUAUGGAUCACGAUUACUCAUUGGCGAGUGAAGAAAAUCCUAAAAAAUGUAAACGUAGGCCAAAUGAGGCAAGCAGGCUUAUGGACAAACGUAGGAAUAAAACAAGGAUUAAUAUCGGUGUGGCGUUUUCGAAAUGGAGAGAGCUUUGCGACCAACUUAGACUCGACAGAGACUCUGCUCUCGCAUGUGUUUUAAUAGACAGGUAAGCAAAUUUUUUAUUGUAAAAGAAAUGGUCAUGCACAGAUUAUUUGAAUAGAUAUGAAUGCAGUUACCCUAUGAAAUAUAGUAUAUGUCUGUAUUUUAGUUAUUACUAUUGUUAUAGGUGUUGUUCGAUGAUGCCGUAUGCCAUCGUGUAAUGUUAAAAUGUUCUACACAUGCAGGUAUUGUUACGAGUUCGUGGGUGGUGAGACAAGAGGACCCAAGUGCAGACAGGGACGUGAGGGGUUAACAAAACUUUAAUAUAAAUACAAAGACAAAACAAAAACCCACGAUGGGGAGAACAAAACAAAACAUGGCAACAGGAACGAAGACUCACUGAACUAACAAGACUAGACUAAUAAAACAUUACAUCAACUAAAACUAAACUUACUAACAAAAGGAACUCACCCCCGUGACACAAACACACAAGCAAUGGACCAGCACAGGACAAUGAAACAUGAGGACUAUAUAAAGGGGACGAAAUCAAGAAGGAACAGGUGCAGGACAUGAACUAUUAACAAGCAAUAACGAGACGAAAGGGCGGGAACAGAGACGCCACACCGGAGAGAGGGAGUAUUUUGGAAGGCCAAAACUGUCUCUCUCCACAUAAAACAAGAGGUUCUGUCAUGGCUCUGCCACAAGAUCAAGAAAAGCAAGACAAGAUGGGGCAGAACCAUGACAGAAGCCCCUCCUUAAGGAGCAGCAUCCUGAUGCUGAAAAAAAAAACCCACGUCAAACCAGGGUCACAAAGCCAAACGCAAAGUAAAGUGAAGCGCAAAGGAAAAACCGAGUGCAAAAGCACUGGUGGCUGAAACGCAGAAUUAAAAGGGCAGUGCAAAUGAACUAGUGGGUACUGCAAAGGAAAAGAUGUUUUGCAAAAUCAUUGCUGCUAAAGGGUUUUUUUUUGGAAAGUACUUUCUUUUUGUUUGCAAAACUUUUUUGUUUGCAAAACUUUAUUUUUUUUUUGCAAAACUUUUUUUUGUUUGCAAAACUGUUUUUUGUUUGCAAAACUUUUUUUGUUUGCAAAUAUAUGGGUUUGCAAAUAUAUACCCUACUUUGACUCCAUAACAAACCCCUAAUAUCAUCAGUCGAACAUAACGUUGAAGUGACUGACAGAAAGGGAACUUUUUUUCUCACCACAAACCAACUCUAUGCGAGCUCUUUAGCUCUUGCGUUGGCUUGGGUUUUGACACUUCACACCAUGAGUCUUCCUUUUUCAAAAACGGACAUAUGAACUACAGGAACUAAACAAACACGAGCACCAUCAUUCAGAAGCAUAUCAUUGUCUUUAAAACAAUUCUUUUCAUUGCGUGGUUGUAAACGCUGAUAGUGCUUUAAUGGUCUCAGUUGAGGUGUUCUUAGGAAAACGAGUUUCUUGAGCAUCAGCUAUGGACACUUCUGAAGUACCAGUGAACAGCAUUGGGCGCACUAUUUGGACAGUUUGGGGAUAUCUGACAGGGGCUGUGGCAAGAUAUCUUAGACCGGAAGUUACAAAUGAAGGAAACCAAAAUGUUUAUUCUGCAGCAGAUGAUACUGUCCUCAGAAGUACAACAAAGCAGGUAGACAGACAGCUAAAGGAAGUUGCUGAGAAAGAGCAGGGGGAGAAUAAUUAUAAUCAAAAUGAAAAAAAUACUGGAGCGGUCAAAUGUUUAUUGCCAGAGGCCAGAGUGGUGAACGAAGACAACAAUACACUUGAUUUUGACACCACAAUUAAACAAAGUUACAAUGCUGCAAUGUGGUGCCCUGACACCGAUCACAAGCAAGAGGGUGAAAUUAUAAUUCCAGAUGUUCAGGAGAAUAUUGAAAAUGAACAAAAGCAAACAAAAUGUGACAUACAUAUGAAAAAGGAAGCAUCCGAUGGGAGUUUGGCUAAAUAUGCAAGCAACAAGAAGAGAGGGAUUAAAACAGAACAAAAGCUAAAAGAAACUGAGGACAUUGAACAGAAAGAUGGUCACAGUGAAGAUACAAAAGAAGAAAGUGAUCAUUAUAAUGAGGAUGAUGGUGAAACAUGUGUAAUGAAAACAGAAGAUUACGUUGGCACAGAAGUAACCACCCAAUCUGUACUUUAUGGACGAGAUCAACAACAGAAAAAAAAGAUAAACAAGAUGGACUAUAUAGAGACAGAAGACACCAGGACAGAAUAUGCCAAGGAGAAAAUGGUUUGCAAGGAUCAGGAGAGAGCUGAAAAUGAUAAUGAUGAAGAAUCUGAAUCACUAGAGAAUGAAGACGAUUUGCUUGCCAAGCUGGUCUGUUCAACAGAGGAUGAGACAGACCUUCCAAAGCCAUUUGAGAUUGAAAAGCUCAGAGUAAAGGAAACGUGUUUAGAAAACAUUAAAAAUGAGGGCAUACAGACACCAGAAAGGCAAGAAGGUAUCUUUUCUAAAAAUGUGGUUGAGAUGCCAGAAACUAAAGGUACAAAUGAGCAGGAUAAACAAGGGCAUGAACAACACAAGUGGCAAGACAAUUGUGAAUUAGCAGACGUUUUUGGUAAGAAGGAAGGACGUGAAAAAAGACUAGAGACGGUAGAAACACUGCCAAGGCUUUCAAAACAAACAUUGGAAGAAAAUGUUACAUUCAAUGAAUUAGGCCCGAAAACAACUACAGAAGUAAAUGAAGGUGUAAACGAAACGUUUGAUGCAUCAGAGGACACUAUGCAGUCAGAUUCAUUAGAAUUCAUUAGGACAUUAAAUGCAUCAUUAAAUGAUAUGUUAGUGGAGGCAACUGAGAUUGAACAAGAUCUUAAAACUCCAAUUUCAUCCAUGAAAUUAGGCACAAAACAAAUUCAGACACUGAAGGAAAUGGCCAAGUUCACUCUCAAAGAAUAUGCUGAAUUAAGAACUAAGCUGCUUGUUGAAACAACAAAAAGAGAGAUGGACUCGGAAGAGAAAGCAGAAGACUUUAUGACAGCCAACCAAGCAGACGAUGAGAUUUUUGAGCUGAACAUAGAAAAGGAAUGCACAACAGUGGACACAAUCCGAGAAUCACUGAAAAAAGGAAAACGGGACUCUUCAGUUGAGAUCAAUGGAAAAGAUCUUAAUGCAGAGCAUACACCAGAUGUCACAGAAGAAAAAACUGAAUUUAUAAUGGAUUUGCAAGAUAAAUCGGAGAGCAUGAAGGCAGAGGUCCGAUUGUUAGGUGAAGCAGAUGCAUUGAUGACUGUAGAGAGUUUAGACGAAAUGAUGAAUCAAAUCUUGAAAGAAACAAUAGAGAUGGAAAAUAAAUUCAUACAAGAAAUAGAACCUUCAUCAGAAACAAGUUGUAAUGUUGAAUUUCAAAGGCCAACUUCAAGUGCCCUACUGUUGGAGGAUGAAAGGGGGUUGUUAGGUGAUACAGUGGAGAGUUUGGUAGAAAUGGUGGAAGCAGGGAUUUACGAAGCUGUAAAUAAGCAAAAGGAUCAGCACAAUGUUAGCUCUCCAGAGUGUGAACCAACUGACGCUGAUAGAGAUUUUAAGCAGUUAGAAAAGAACACAGUCGGAGAAACACUAUUCCGUAGCAAUGACGGCAUGAGUGAAAUCAACCGACCUGGGCUGAAAAGAAGAUUUGAUGACAUGAGCAAAGAUCUUCCAAAGGUGAAGGAUCACAAGUCUCCACUGGUAGAAUGGUCAACUACAGCUGAUUUAAACGUACAGCAAUCAUCGCUGGACUUUAGUGUUCAGAAGUCUAGAAUUGCUGUGAAGAAUCCCUUAGUUCGGCCACCAAAAGACCCCAGAAAGCUCCUUAACAAGACCUCAAUGGAACCAUCACUCCCAAAGCCUCCACCAUGUGGCCUGUUGAGGGGACGUCAUGGAGUUGCAGUUUCUGUACAAAGUCAAGGAGUCAUCGGCUUUAAACUCCCAGGGAUGGUCGCUGAGCUGCCCACACUGAGGAAAACAGAGUUUGGAAGAAAAGUAAGAGAGGAAGAAAAGGCAGAGAGCACACAACAAAAGGAGCAAAAAUCAGUUGCAGAAACAGAGAAAUCUGUCAAACAAGAGCAAGCGUCACUUAAGCCCAAAUGGACGCCCCCAAAGCAUCCUGGGAUGGGGAGUCCCUUGGUGAUGGCAGAACUCAAAAGCAAACUCAAAAUGCCUCUAAAGGAGUAAUACAUUGAUACAUUCAUUAUAUCAUUCUAUAUUUUUGAAGGCAGAAAUGUUUUGUAUUUGUCAAUUAUUCUCGCUUUGUAAACUGAUAAAUAGGAAGUGUGAUUGUAAGUCUCAAGCCUGUGUUAAGUUACACCACUUAAGUUACACAACGUUCUAUUCAACUUCCGCAAUUUUAUUCUAAUGUUUUUGCUUAUUAAAAAAAAGUGUGAUAUUAAAGGGAUACUUCACCCGAAAAAGAAAAUUCUGUCAUCAUUUACUCACCUUCGAGUUGUUCCAAAUGUGUAUACAUUUCUUUGUUCUGAUGAACACAGAGAAAGAUAUUUGGAAGAAUGCUUAUAACCAAACAGAUCUCAACCCCCAUUGACUCCCACAGUAGGAAAAAAUACACUGGUAGUCAAAAGUGCCCCAGAACUGUUUGCUGUCCUACGUUGUAUUUGCGAAGGAUACAUCUAUGCUGCCUUCAAAAAUGCCCCUCUGUAGAAGUGUCACCCAUCCCGCCUUGGCUGCUCCCGUUGCCAGAAGUAGAUCUUGGCUCGCAAGAAAUUGUUAAUGAUAAAAAUAAAGUAAUAGCAAAGUGUGGAGUGGUUAAACAGUGUCUUGAACAAAAUGACAAAAAUGUGAUCAAAGUUUUCACUGAUGGAUCCAAAGAUCCCGAAACUGGUCGAGCUUCAGCUGCUGUAUGUAUUCCACACUUUAAAAUUAAAAUUGGUAAAAGAGUUUCUGAUCAUGUUGGAGUGUAUUCUACAGAAAUGGUAGCCGUUUUAUAGCUAUCAGGUGGAUGGAGGAUGCUCGGCCAAAGAAUGUGGUUAUGUGCUCAGACUCUUUCUCUGCAUUAUCAAGUCUUAUUAGUGCGAGAUCAUCGGGACAAGACAUCCUAUAUUAAAUUAUUUUAUGUAUGUUAUGAGUAAAUAAGUUAGGAUGUAAGAUAUGUUUCUUGUGGGUACCAGCACAUGUGGGUGUGGAAGGAAAUGAGGAAGCGGAUCAGUUAGCAAGCAUGCUCUGAACUUCUCUAAUAGAAAUGAAGAUCCCGCUUAGUAAAGAUGACGCAAAGGCCAAAAUCAGAUCAGCAAUUAAAGGGAAAUGACAAGAUCUUUGGAAUGCAGAGAGUAGAGGAAGACAUCUAUAUCACAUUGGGAAUCAAGUGGGAGGUAUUGGUAGUAGAAGAGAAGAUGCAAUUGAUAUUCCCUAUAUAGAAUCAGCAAACAUGAAUCUGGGAACUGUAGUUUUUGCAGAUCAUCAGAAACAGUAGAACUUGUUCUGCUUAUGAAAAGUAUAGGAUGUCACUGUUGGAAGAGUUAAACACUUAAAACACUGCAAAAUAAUGGAUCAAAUACUUAUCAAAUACACUG